GGCGAGUGGCAGGAGAAACAGGUGUGGAGCUGGUGAACAGCACUCACGCUGGGAGCCCACCCCUGUGCUGAGAUAGAGCAACGCAGGGCUGUCUUUCCUGCUCCAGAGCCUGUGAGGAGUUUGGUCUAUAUCAAGACGCUGGGUUCUGCCAUGUCAGAAGCGGGACCCCUGAUGCAGCUGUUCCUGCGGGGGCAGCCUAGAGUCUUGGGGGCCCUCUUGCUGUUGGCGGGGCUGCUGCAGAUGGCCUUUGGUGUCCUCCUGGCCAUUUCCCCCUGCGUCUAUAGGGAUGAGCUGCACGUCCACUUUUACUCGGCAGUGCUGUUGCUCUUGGCUGGCAUUAUCACUCUGGCUGCAGACACAACACACAGCCUGGCCCUGGUGAAAGCCUGCCUGGUCAUUUACAUCAUCUGCACGGUGGUGGUCGGCGUGAUCAACUUAUUCUACCUGGUGGACUUGGUGUACGAUCCCCGUAACCGGUACAUCCAGUGUCCUUCCAGCAACAGGUUGCACUGCAGGCGGCUGUACCAGAUCUCGCACUAUUGCACAGGCAUGCGAGCCAUCAUCCUGAUCUUAACCUCGCUGGGAUUCUUUGUUUCUAUUGCCCUGGCAGCAUUUGGAUGCAAAGCGGUGUGUCGCCAGAACUCUGCCGAUGAUGGGCCGGUCACCACCCUGACGAAUCCGCCUGCUUCCCAUGAGGCCACCAUGAAGCCCGAGCCUGUGGCAACAGAGGGACCCACGGUAGCCCUGGUAUUUGAUCUUCCACAAGAAGUCUAUCGGGGGCAUCUCCUCCUGCUUUAAUGGGUGGGUCUAUCAGCGAAGCUGCAGGCAUGGAUCAUGACAUGCAUUAUUGCUCCAGAGGAAUGGCUUUGUGGCUGAUUGAGGUGUGCUGCCAUUCCCUGCAAGAUAGUUUCUUAAUGUGUAGAACACCCCCUUCUUCAAAAAAUAAACAAACAAACUAGUUUCACCUUG